AUGACCCUACCGCACAACCCCGCCAGUGGUGGGGAGGCCCGGCCCCCCCAAGUCGUGGAGGUGCACAAACGGGAGCAUCGGCAGGAGGAGGAGCAGAAGGAGGAACGGCAGCACAGCCUGCACAUGGGCUCCUCCGUGCGAAGACACACCUUCCGCAGCAGGGAGGAAGAGCCUGAGUUCAGCCCUGCGGACUAUGCCCUGGCAGCAGCCCUGGCCCUGACAGCAACCAAGGAGGUGUCUUGGGAAGCCCAGCUGCGGCGCCAGGCCUCAACUGUAGAGCUGGAGGAGCGUGGGCAGAAGCGUGUGGGCUUCGGCAAUGACUGGGAGAAGACGGAUAUCGCCGUCCUGAAUACACACCAGCUGCUGCGCCAGAGGCAGGACCGCCAUGCGCUGUGGCGGCGGACAGAGGAGAAGAUCCGUGAGGCCCGGGAGCUGCGGGAGUUGUGUGCCGGCCGCGGGCCCUGGUUCUGGAUCCCGUUGCGCUCGCACGCCGUCUGGGAACACACCAAUGUCCUGCUCACCUGCACCAUACAGGGCUCACCUCCGCCCCAGGUCACCUGGUACAAAAACAAUGUGCAGCUUGACCCCCGCCUCUUCCCUGCUGGGAAGUACCGCAUCAGCAACAACUAUGGACUCCUGGCCCUGGAAAUUAGGAGAUGUACCACCGAGGACUCGGGCACUUACACAGUGAAGGUAAAGAAUGCCCAUGGCCAGGCCUCCUCCUUCGCCAAAGUCCUGGUUCGCACUUACCUGGGGAAGGAAGCUGGCUUUGACUCGGAGCUCUUCGGACGGUCCAUGUUUGGCCGCGAUGUGGAGUUCACGUCAGAGCUGAAACCGGUGUUUGCCCGUGAGAAGGAGCCCUUCUCCCUGGUCUGCACGCUCUCCGAGGACCUGCUGGGUGCUGAGCACAACAUCCUGUGGUUCCAAGAUGGGAGGCUGUUGAGGCCUCUGGGCCGCCGGCAGACCCUCUACGCAGACUGCCAGGCAUCACUGAAGGUGUCCUAUGCUUACAAGGAGGAUGAAGGACUCUACACGGUGCAGGUACCCUCGCCCUCCGGGCCCCGGCAACAGAGCACCUACGUGCUGGUACGAGAUGCUGCAGCUGAAAAGCCGGGAGCCCCAGGCUCACCGCUGAACGUCCAGUGCCUAUGCGUAAACAGAGACUGCCUGAUCCUGACCUGGGCCCCGCCCAGCGACACCCGCGGCAGCCCCAUCACUGGCUACUGCGUGGAGCGGUGCCAGGGUGACUCCGGAAAAUGGGUACCCUGCCACGAGACCCCUGGGGCGACCUGCCGGUGCCCAAUCCAAGGCCUCAUCGAAGGCCAGAGCUACAGGUUCCGGGUGAGAGCCAUCAACAAGGCAGGCAGCAGUGUUCCCUCCAAGGCCUCAGCAGCGGUUGUCAUGGGAGACCACGAUGCUGCCCAGAGGAAGAAAGAGAUCCUCUUCGACCUGGCAAAGAAGAUCACAAUCAGCACAGACGAGUUUGAAGAUGCUGUGACCAUCCCUGGGCCCCCCACCAAUGUCCACGCCAGUGAGAUCCGGGAAGCCUAUGCGGUCCUGGCCUGGGAGGAGCCGAGGCCCCGAGGCAAAGCCCCACUCACAUACUUCCUGGAGAAGUCGGUCCUAGGCAGUGGCACCUGGGAGGCCAUCAGCCCAGAAACGCCCGUGAAGUCUCCGAGGUUUGCCCUCCUGGACCUGGAAAAGGGGAAGACCUACGUCUUCCGUGUGCGCGCAGUGAACCAGCACGGUGUGAGCGAGCCCUCAGAGCCCAGUGAACCCAUCACCUUGAGGGGCAAGCCAGCUACGCUCCCUCCCCCAGCUCAAGUUCAAGCUCUCCGAGACACGCAGACAUCUGUCUCCCUGGUCUGGGAGCCAGUGGAUGCAGGCUCCGAGCUGCUGGGCUACUACAUUUAUGCCCGGGAGGUGGGGUCGGCGGAGUGGCAGACGGUCAACAACAAGCCCAUCCAGGACAACAGGUUCACAGUACCCGGGCUGAGGACCGGCAGGGAGUACGAGUUCUGUAUCAGGUCCGUCAGCGAGGCUGGGGUGGGUGAGAGUUCAGCCCCCACCGAGCCCAUCAGGGUCAAGCAGGCUCUGGCUACCCCAUCUGCCCCAUACGACUUUGCCCUCCUGAGCUGUGGGAAGAAUGAAAUGGUCAUCGGGUGGAAACCCCCAAAGCGUCGUGGAGGGGGCAAGAUCCUGGGCUACUUUCUGGACCAGCAUGACUCAGAGGAGCCAGACUGGCACCCGGUCAACCAGCAACCCAUCCCCAGCCGGGUGUGCAAGGUCAGUAACCUCUGUGAAGGCCACUUCUAUGAGUUCCGGGCCCGGGCGGUAAAUUGGGCAGGUGUUGGUGACCUGUCGGAGCCCAGCAGCCUGUUUGAGUGCAAAGAGUGGACGAUGCCACAGCCAGGGCCCCCCUACGACCUACGGGUGUCAGAGGUACGGGCAACCUCCCUGAUGCUGCAGUGGGAGCCCCCACUGUACACGGGUGCUGGGCCAGUCACAGGCUACCAAGUCAGCUUCCAGGAAGAAGGCUCUGAGCAGUGGAAAGUGGUCACCCCAGGUCCCGUCGUCGGUACCCACCUGAGGGUGUCCGACCUGCAGCAAGGAAAGAGUUACUUGUUCCGGGUCCAGGCUCUCAACUCAGCUGGCCUGGGGCAGCCAUCGAUGCCCACUGAUCCCAUCCUCCUAGAAGACAAGCCAGAUGCCCACGAGAUAGAGGUCGGCGUGGAUGAAGAAGGCUUCAUCUACUUGGCUUUCGAAGCUCCCGAGGCCCCUGACUCCUCCGAGUUCCAGUGGUCCAAAGACUACAAGGGCCCACCGGACCCCCAGAGGGUCAAGAUCGAGGAUGGAGUUAACAAGUCCAAGAUCAUCUUGAGGGAUCCAGGUCUCGAGGACGUGGGCACUUACUCAGUGGUAGUGACUGAUGCCGAUGGAGACAUCUCCGCAAGCCACACGCUGACCGAGGAAGAGCUGGAGAAGCUGAAGAAGCUGAGCCACGAGAUCAGAAACCCAGUGAUCAAGCUGAUCUCCGGCUGGAACGUGGAGGUCCUAGAGCAGGGACAGGUGAGGCUCUGGCUGGAAGUGGAGAAGUUGUCUCCGGCUGCAGAGCUGCACCUCAUCUUCAAUGAGAAGGAGAUCUUCAGCUCGCCGAACCGUAAAAUCAAUUUCGAGCGAGAGAAAGGCCUGGUAGAAGUGAUCAUCCAGAACCUCUCAGAAGACGACAAAGGGUCUUACACUGCCCAGCUGCAGGACGGCAAGGCCAAAAACCAGAUCACCCUGACGCUGGUGGACGACGAUUUUGAUGCACUGCUGAGGAAGGCGGAUGCUAAGCGGAGGGACUGGAAGAGGAAGCAGGGUCCCUAUUUCGAGGAACCUCUGCAAUGGAAGGUCACGGAGGACUGCCAAGUGCUGCUGACGUGCAAGACAACCAACACCAAGAAGGAAACUCGCUUCCAGUGGUUCUUCCAGAAGAGGGAGGCCCCGGCUGGACAGUACGACCCGGAGACUGGGAAAGGAGUUCUGUGCAUUGAAGAGCUGUCCCGAGAGGACAGGGGCAUUUACAGAGCUGUGGUGGCAGACGAACGAGGAGAGGAUGACACCCUCCUGGACCUCACCGGGGAAGAACUGGACACAAUCUUCACGGAGCUGGGCAGGAUCGGGGCCCUCUCUGCAACCCCCCUGAAAAUCCAGGGCACUGAGGAAGGGAUCCGGAUAUUCAGCAAGGUCAAGUACUACAAUGUGGAGUACAUGAAAACCACCUGGUUCCACAAGGACAAACGCCUGGAGAGCAGCGAGCGGGUGAGGGCCGGCACCACCCUGGAUGAGAUCUGGCUACACAUCCUCGACCCCAAGGAUUCGGACAAGGGCAAGUACACACUGGAAAUAGCUGCUGGAAAGGAAGUGCGGCAGCUCUCUACAGACCUCUCUGGGCAAGCUUUUGAUGAUGCUCUGGCUGAACACCAAAGACUGAAAGCCUUGGCCAUCAUCGAGAAGAAUCGCGCCAAAGUGGUCAGGGGCCUGCCGGAUGUGGCCACCAUCAUGGAGGAUAAGACCCUGUGCCUGACCUGCAUCGUCUCAGGGGACCCCUCCCCUGAGAUCUCCUGGCUCAAGAAUGACCAGCCUGUAGCCUUCCUGGACCGCUACCGAAUGGAGGUGAAGGGCUCAGAAGUCACCAUCACCAUCGAGAAGGUCAACAGCGAGGACAGCGGGCGCUACGGGGUCUUUGUCAAGAACAAGUAUGGCUCCGAGACGGGCCAGGUCACCAUCAGCGUGUUCAAACACGGGGAUGAACCCAAGGAGCUGAAGAAAAUGUGA